AUGUCUGCCUUUAAAAAGCUCUUUUAUCUCUCAGAUUUUACUAUAUUUUCUCGUUAUUCUUAUUGCUGUUGGUUGUUCUUCAUUUUCGUCGUCACUUUCCGCUUUAUUUUCUUCAAUACGCUGCUGCCUCUUCUCUCUUUCUCACUCAUUUUUCUUUCUCGUUUGUUGUUUGACUUGACUUUUUACGUCAGCCAUUUUUUCUUUCCCUUUAAUCUUUUUCCCCCGCCCUUUUUUAUUCUCUUCUUUUCAUUACAUCUUUUCCCCGCCCUUUUUUUAAUUCUCUCCUUUUCAUUACAUCUUUUCCCCGCCCUUUUUUUUUAUUCUCUCCUUUUCAUUACAUCUUUUCCCCGCCUUUUUUUUUAUUCUCUCCUUUUCAUUACAUCUUUUCCCCGCCCUUUUUUAUUCUCUUUUCAUUACAUCUUUUUCCCACCUUUUUUUUAUUCUCUCCUCUUCAUCUUUAUUCUUUUCAUUUCAUCUUUUACUGCUUGUCUGGCCUGCAACUCUUCUGCCUGUCUGGCCUGCAAUUCUUCGGCCUGUCUGGCCUGCAGCUCUUCUGCCUAUCUGGCCUGCAAUUCUUCGGCCUGUCUGGCCUGCAAUUCUUCGGCCUGUCUGGCCUGCAGCUCUUCGGCCUGUCUGGCCUGCAGUUCUUCGGCCUGUCUGGCCUGUCUGGCCGGCAAUUCUUCGGCCUGUCUGGCCUGCAGCUCUUCUGCCUAUCUGGCCUGCAAUUCUUCGGACUGUCUGGCCUGCAAUUCUGCUCCAACUUCUCUGCGGCUUUCGAGCAAUUUUCUUCUCUUCGACUUGGCUGCAACUUCUCUACCUUUACUAUAUUCUUUCUUUAUCUCCAUUUUUUCUUUCUUUCUUUCUUUCUUUUUCUUUCUUUCUUUCUUUCUUUCUUUCUUUCUUUCUUUCUUUCUUUCUUUCUUUCUUCAGUUAAUUUUUCCUUAUAAGUUACUAUAUUCUUUCUUUAUCUCCAUUUCUUUGUUUGUUUGUUUGUUUGUUUGUUUGUUUGUUUCUUUCUUUCUUUCUUUCUUUCUUUCUUUCUUUCUUUCUUUCUUUCUUUCUUUCUUUCUUUCUUUCUCCCCCACCAUUUCACUUUUCUUUCUUUCUUUUUUCCUUUUUCAGUUAUUCUUUCCUCAUAAUUCACUGUACUUCUUAAUUUUUAUUUUUCCUAAAGUACAGUAUAUGUCCACCACCGAUCCCUUUGUUGUCUCCUUUGUUGUCUCUUUUGUUGUAAAUCCCUUUGUUGUCUCUUUUGUUGUAAAUCCCUUUGUUGUCUCUUUUGUUGUAAAUCCCUUUGUUGUCUCUUUUGUUGUAAAUCCCUUUGUCGUCUCUUUUGUUGUAAAUCCCUUUGUCGUCUCUUUUGUUGUAAAUCCCUUUGUCAUCUCUUUUUGUUGUAAAUCCUUUGUCGUCUCUUUUGUUGUAAAUCCCUUUGUCGUCUCUUUUGUUGUAAAUCCCUUUGUUGUCUCUUUUGUUGUAAAUCCCUUUGUUGUCUCUUUUGUUGUAAAUCCCUUUGUUGUCUCUUUUGUUGUAAAUCCCUUUGUUCUCUCCUGUCCGAACUCUUCUCUCUGCCGUCUGAGGAACUCAACUCUUCUCGCUGCCGUCCGGGGAACUCUAACUUCUCUCUGUCUGGCCUGCAAUUCUUCUGCCUGUCUGGCCUGCAACUCUUCUGCCUGUCUGGCCUGCAAUUCUUCUGCCUAUCUGGCCUGCAAUUCUUCUGUCUGUCUGGCCUGCAAUUCUUCUGCCUAUCUGGCCUGCAAUUCUUCUGUCUGUCUGGCCUGCAAUUCUUCUGCCUAUCUGGCCUGCAAUUCUUCUGCCUGUCUGGCCUGCAGCUCUUCUGCCUGUCUGGCCUGCAAUUCUUCUGCCUAUCUGGCCUGCAAUUCUUCGGCCUGUCUGGCCUGCAAUUCUGCUCCAACUUCUCUGCGGCUUUCGAGCAAUUUUCUUCUCUUCGACUUGGCUGCAACUUCUCUGCCUCAAAUAUUCAAACGAAAUAUUUUCUUUUUAUUCUUUCUUUCUCUUUUUCCUUCUUUCUCUCUCACUCUCUCGCUCUCUCUCCUUUUUUACUCUUUCUCCUUUUUUACUCUCUCUCCUUUUUUCUCUCUCUCCCCUUUUCUCUCUCUUUUUCUCUUUCUCUCUCUCCUUCUCUCUCUCUUUUUCUUUAUCUUUUUUCUCUAUUUCUCUUUCUCAAUUUCUCUUUCUCUCUGUCUCUUUCUCUCUCUUUCCCUUUCUCUCUCUCUUGCUCUCUUUUUCUCUUUCUUUCUUUCUCUUUCCCUUUCUCUCACUCCCUCUCUGUCUUUCUCUCUCCCUAUUUCUUUCUCUUUUUUUCUCUCACCCUCUUUCUGUCUCCCUCUUUCAUUCUCUCUCUUUCUCUUUCUCUCUCGCUUUCUCUUUCUAUCUCUCUCUCUUUCUCUUUCUCUCUCGCUUUUUCUUUCUAUCUCUCUCUCUUUCUGUCUCUGUUUCUCUCUUUAUCGCUCUCACUCUCUCUUCAUCUCUAUCUCACUCUAUGUUUCACUCUCUAUUUCUCUAUCUCUAUCUCUAUCUCUAUAG